AUGUCGCUUCCUUAUGACUCUCGUCAAAGCCGCUUUACCUCUUUUGAUAACUUUCAAAAAUUUAUUAGUACUAAAAAAGUUCUUUGUAAAUGUGGUAAAACUGUUUCGCUUGGUGCUAUAUAUCAAGUUGCUAAUUUUCAAAGACAUUUUCAAAGUAAAAACUGUGAUUACUAUUUAAAUAAACAACCAAGCAUAAAUGUCUUUUUCUCAAAUAGCAUAUCAGAAAAUGAUGAAGAAAAUAGGAAUGAUGAAGGAAGUAACGAUGAAAGAAAUAGAAAACGAAUUGCUGUUAGGUGUCAGGGUCUCUGUGAUUUAGAGCAUAUUAAUUAUGUUAUAAAUAGUCCUGCUAGCUUUGGUGGCGGAAAAAGAGCCAGAAGUUAUAGAAAAACAACUUUUUCCAGAAAAGUUUCCAGAAAAAACCCUUUUACUAGAAAGAAACUUAAUAAAAAACAACUAAAAGAAUUUGAGAGAGUAUUGGAAGCUGAAGCUACUUGGCGUUCGGAUAAAGAAGAUUUAGCUAUAUCAUGCACAAUGUGA